AUGUUGAACAUGAAAUACAAGUCCAAAGAACGAAUAAUACUAAAUGUCGGUGGUAUUAAAUACGAAACAUUUCGGUCAACGCUAACCGCAUAUCCGGAAACAAUGCUCGGUACGAUGUUUGAAGAACGAAAUAAAGAACUAUUACAUCCAACGAACGGUAACGAAUAUUAUAUUGACCGAAACGGACGAUUAUUUCAUUGCAUACUACAAUUUUAUCGAACGGGAAAGGUACCAUCCGCAGAUAAAGCAAACUGCGCGAUACCAAUUACGCAAAAGGAACUCGACGCGGAAUUGGAUUAUUUCAUGAUACCGCGAGAAAAACGAUUAAUAUCGAAAACGCAACCACAAUCAAAACCGCAGGUUACAAAAUUAUCACUAAGAAGUCGAACCGUAGCGGCCGAACUGGAUGAUUUCAUUACAGCGUUAAAGACAGCGAUUAAUCGAGCGAUAUUAUAUUUUCAAAAAAGAUUUAUAAUGUCAAAAGGACUCGGGUUUAACGUAACGCUUGAAAUGGCAUUUUAUACGUCGGAUCGGAUGCAACCAGUUAUUACCGUAUUACCGACAACCAUAGGAAAAUCCCCCGUGCCUCAAAUAGCCGAAGUGAUAAAUCAACCCGCAUUUGGUACACGAGCGUAUGCAUUAUUAAACCGUUUUGGUGAUAAGAUUGGUGAACACUUAGAAGAAAUUUAUCCCGGUUUAUGCUGGGAUUUAUUAUUGCUUAAAAUCUGUAGUGAUUCCGAUGGUUCUAUAGAUUCAAUGUAUCGUGUUCGAAUACAAAUAUGCGAUGAAUUUGAUUAUGAAGAAAUAAUUAAGAAUUGUUGUCUAUCGACGACGACAUUAAAAUAUUUUUACUAA